AGCUUAAAACUCUCUGCCACACAUCUUAAGUCAGCUAAUCUUCUGAAUCUUCAUUUGACACACAGCUUUCUAUACACAAACUGCUUCUGGCUAUGGCUACCCAAAUGGCAGGUUCUAUGAAUCUAAUGUUGCUGCUAAUUUUCACAUUCUUGUGCUGCCUCGAAUUCGAUUCCUCCCUCGUAGCAGGAGUAGCAGGAGCAAGCACAAUUCGACGCAGUGAUGAACUCAAGUCCUCUGUUAGUUCUCUCGUUUCUGAAGGUGGGAAAUUCACCUUAGGAUUCUUCAAUAUCACCGCGACUGCAUCUAGUUAUUUAGGAAUAUGGUACACCAAUGAUUACCGACAAAGGAAGGUAUGGAUUGCCAAUCCUAACACACCUAUUUUGAACAAUUCUGGAGUUCUCAGUUUUGAUAGCACAGGAAGGUUGCAGAUCAUGAGUGGAGGGAGUACUCUUGUGAAUAUUUCUGAUCAAGUUGGGACUGGAAAUGUUAGUGCCACAAUAGAAGAUUCCGGUAACUUUGUGGUGAAGGAUGAAACUGACAGGACUUUGUGGCAGAGCUUUGAUCAUCCUGGCAGCACUCAAUUGCCCGGUAUGAAACUUGGUUAUAACAUCACAACUAGGCAGAAGUGGACUCUAACAUCUUGGUUGAGUGAUGAUAUCCCGGCUACCGGGGCUUUCACUUUGAGCUGGGAACGCACCCAAGAGUCUGGGCAGUUGGUCAUCUGGCGUCGAGGAGAGCGUUAUUGGAUUAGUGGAGAUCUGAAAGACCAGAGUUUUAAAUACAUGCCAUUGUUGAAUGCAAAUUAUUUUCCUUUUCAUUACAACCUUAGUUAUGUUUCAGCUAGUGAUGGGAGCUACUUCACUUUUCCUGUUGCUGAUGAAAGGAUGCAGUGGGACCUGAAACCAAACGGGCAAAUUGUUGCGAGUGAUUUUAUUAUCACCCCAUAUGAGUUCUGUUAUGGUUAUCAAUCAGACAAUGGUUGUGCAAACUUUCCGGUGCCCAUCUGCAGGAGCCAUGGUAAAACCUUUCAGCAAAGGCGAGCAAACUCUCUUGGCGACCCUCAUUCUGACCAAAAUCGUAGUCUAAGUAUCCAUGAUUGUAUGAAAAGUUGCUGGAACAAUUGCAGUUGUACCGGCUUUUCCAGCUUCGAAGAUGGAGUGGGCUGUACGUUUUGGAGUGGGAGGUUUACUAAUUCACUAGAACUGGUACCUAAUACUGUGAUGAAGUACGUGCUGGUUGCUGGAGCAAGCACAAUCGGGCGUGGUGAUGAACUCAAUUCCUCUGCUAGUCCUCUUGUUUCUGAAGGUGGGUACUUCGCCUUAGGGUUCUUCAACAUCACCGCGACAGCUUUCACCAAUUUCACCGUGACAGAUUUCACUUAUUUUGGAAUAUGGGACACCUAUAACUUUUAUGACCAAAAAGAGAUUGUAUGGGUUGCCAAUCCUAACACCCCUAUUUCGGACAAUUCUGGAGUUGUAACUAUUGAUAGCACAGGAAGGUUGAAGCUUAUGAAUGGAGGAAGUACUGUAGUGAAUAUUUCUGAUGAAGUUGGGACUGGAAAUGUUAGUGCCACGCUAAAAGAUUCAGGUAACUUUGUGGUGAAGGAUGAAACUGAUAACACUAUUUUGUGGCAGAGCUUUGAUCAUCCUAGCAGAACACUAUUGCCCGGUAUGAAACUUGGUUAUAACCUUACAACUAGGCAGAAUUGGACUCUAACUUCUUGGCUAACAGAUGAUAGCCUGGCUACUGGGGCUUUCACUUUGAGCUGGGAACCCACCCAAGAGUCUGGGCAGCUGGUCAUUCGGCAUCGGGGAGAGCCUUAUUGGACUAGUGGGGAAUUGAAAGAUCAGAAUUUUGAACAUAUGCUAUUGUUGAAUAAUUACAAUCUCAACCUUAGUUAUGUUUCAGCCAGUGAUGGGAGCUAUUUCACUUAUUCUAAUAUUGGUGGUUAUAAUAGAUUUGGUAUGCUGUCGGGGUUGGACCUAUAUCCAGAUGGGACAAUUGUUGCUUCAGAUAAUGUGACUGCUGUCUUUAGCCCAUAUCAGUUUUGUUAUGGUUAUCAAUCAGACGAUGGUUGUGAGAACUUUACGGUGCCUGAGUGCAGGAGCCGUGGUGAUACGUUUCGGCAAAUGCGAGCAGCCUUCAUGGAUAAUCCUGAAACUUAUGACAGCAAUUCAAGUCUAAGUAUCAGUGAUUGUAUGAAAAAGUGCUGGAACAAUUGCAGUUGUGUUGGCUUUACCAACUCCAUCAGGCAAGGAGUGUGUGUGUUUUGGUUUGGGAAUUUAAAUUAUACACUAGAUGACCCUGAUACUGAGAAAAAGUACGUGAUGGUUCCAGAAAAUUCGCCAACAGAGCCACCAAAUUCAUUCAUAGAACCAUCAAAUUCAUCCAAAGGAAACAAGUGGUGGAUAUGGUUAAUUAUUUCUGUAGCUAUUUCUCUACUUAUGCUUAGCUUAGGCUGCUUCUACUAUUCCAGAAUGAGAAAGCUUAGAAAAGAAGGAGAGGAGAAAAAAAUGCAAGAACAAUACUUAUUUGAGUUGACAGCUUCAGACAACCUUAACAAUGGAAAUGAGGCCGAAAAUGAAGCGAGGGAAGGUAGCAAUUUGAAGAUAUUUACCUUUGCCUCUAUUGCUGCUGCCACAGAUAAUUUCUCAGAGGAAAAUAAGCUUGGAAAGGGUGGUUUUGGACCAGUUUACAAGGGAAGAUUGCCUGAAGGCCGAGAAAUAGCAAUUAAGAGACUUUCAAGAACAUCAGGGCAAGGACUUGUGGAGUUCAAGAACGAACUUAUACUCAUUGCCAAACUCCAGCAUACAAAUCUUGUUCGACUUCUGGGCUGUUGCAUUCAUGGAGAAGAGAAGAUGUUAAUUUAUGAGUACAUGCCCAACAAAAGCUUGGAUUUCUUCCUCUUUGACCAAGCUAAACAGAAGCUAUUAAACUGGGAAAAACGUUUGAACAUCAUUGAAGGUGUCGCUCAAGGAUUGCUUUACCUUCAUAAAUUCUCAAGAAUGAGAGUAAUACAUAGAGAUUUAAAAGCAAGUAAUGUACUGCUAGAUGAAAACAUGAAUCCUAAGAUAUCAGAUUUUGGGAUGGCAAGAAUUUUCAAGCCAAACGAAACGGAGGCAAUCACUAACAGGGUUGUUGGAACAUAUGGUUACAUGUCUCCUGAGUAUGCCAUGGAAGGAAAUUUCUCAGUGAAAUCUGAUGUCUUCAGUUUUGGAGUGUUGGUCCUUGAAAUCGUGAGUGGUAGGAAAAAUACUAGCUUCUAUCAUCUUGAUCGUCCACUAAACCUAAUAGGAUAUGCAUGGGAGCUGUGGAAAGAAGGGACUGCAUUGGAAUUAAAUGAUCCAACACUAAGCAAUUCGUGCUCCGAACACCAUUUAUUGAGAAUCAUUCAUGUGGGACUUUUAUGUGUGCAAGAAAGUGCAGAGGAUAGGCCAACAAUGUCAGAAGUAAUUUCCAUGCUUAGCAAUGAAACUAUGCCUUUACCAGCUCCAAAGCAACCAGCAUUUUUCACAGGAAGAAGUGUGCCUCAGGCAAUUUCAUCAGAAACUAAUGAAAGUAGCUCAAAAGAUCGUUCAAUAAAUGGUUUGACUAUUUCUGAAAUGGAGGCGCGAUGAGUGGUAGAAACUUCUGUCCUUUUGAUGCUUCAAGUAUUUGGCAAUUGCUUUGAAUAUUGUAACUGCUUUUGUGUAGAGUUGAAGUAUAUGUAACAACAACUCUCAUUGGAAAAUAAAUUUGAGGUUUGCUUACUGUCAAAAUGAUAUUUGUUUGUUUUACUACGGCAACAUACAUGAUCAUUAUGAAAACCAUGCACUUCUUUUUAUCAUAGUUCGCUAAGAGUGCUAUAAAAUGAAGAAAUGAUUGAUUUAAUUGCAGAAGGGUGAUGGCAUGUGUUGUUAAUAUGAUAAAUUUGGCAGACAGAGAGAGAGAGAGAGGAAGA